AUGAGCGAGGAAGUGUAUCCCCUCGCGGUGCUGAUUGACGAGCUUCGUGACGACGAUGUGACAGUGCGAGUCAAUGCCAUGGGCCGCAUUUCGACUAUUGCAUUGGCUAUGGGAGAAGCUCGUACGCGCAAUGAGCUCAUUCCUUUUCUAGAAGAAGCGGCACAGGAGGAUGAAGACGAGCUGCUGGUCGUGCUGGCGGAUGAGCUGGCCAAAUUCGUUCCGUUGGUGGGCGGUCCCGAGCAUGCACAUGCGUUGAUCGAUGUCUUGUCGUCGUUGGCUGGCUGCGAAGAACCAACCGUGCGGCAGGCUGCCGUCGCAUCUUUGAACGAUAUUGCCCGCGAGAUGAGCGCCGACCAGGUCAACGAGCAUUACGUGCCUCUCUUGCGCCGUAUCUCUACUGCAGACUGGUUCUCGUCUCGCAUGUCGGCUGCUGGAAUCUAUGCUAGUGUGGUGGCUAAACUUGGGCCCAAUGACGAUCUGUUGGGGCUCUAUAAAGAUCUGGUUACAGAUGAUGCCCCCAUGGUGCGCCGAGCGGCAGCUACUGCUUUGCCCAACGUUAUUGAAGCACUGGGGAAAGUGCAGUUGACUGGCACAAUCCAGGAGAUGUUCGAAUCUCUUGUGUACGAUGAUCAAGACUCGGUCCGGCUGCUAUCUGUGGACGUCGUGGUGGCUCUUUCCGAGGCCCUGCGUGAAAAUGGAAAGCCAUCUUCCGACGAGCUAGUGGCACAAACUUUGGCUCUUCUAAGUGACAAGUCGUGGCGUGUGCGAUACAUGGCCGCAGAUCGCUUGGAGCAGCUUGCCAAGGCUCUUAACUCCGACGAGAAACUGCCGCGUCUUGUUGGCCAGUUCGUAACUCUGUGCAAAGAUGGCGAAAGUGAGGUGCGUAGUGCUGUCGCCAAGCACGUGGUGGGGUUCGCCCAGAAUUUAGAUCCUGCCGUCGUAUUGGACGAAAUUGUACCUGCUAUUGAGCCCCUGGUCACUGACCCAAGCGAGCACGUUCGUGAGUCCCUUGCCGGACAGAUCUCUUACUUAUCAGUACUUCUGGGGAAUGAAAAAACCAUCAAGCACCUGCUGCCUCUAUUUUUGCAGAUGCUGAAGGAUGAACACUCUGAAGUGCGUCUCCAGAUCAUCUCAAACCUCCAAGUUAUUAAUGAAGUCAUUGGAAUUGAUCUGCUCUCGCAAUCGCUUCUUCCUGCCAUUACUGAACUUGCUAAGGACAAACAAUGGCGUGUGCUUUUGGCCAUCAUCAACUAUUCCCCCCUCCUUGCCGAGCAGCUUGGAGUGGAGUUCUUCAAUAAAGAGCUUGUUCCUCUGGUCAUGCAGUGGCUUUGGGAUCCUGUGUGGGCCAUUCGGGAUGCCGCAGCCCAGAAUCUUGUUAAACUCACUGACGUAUUUGGCGUGGAGUGGCUUGAAACGAUCAUCUUACCCAAACUGGUCGUUCACGACCCCACAGCCAACUACUUGUACCGCUUCACUUCGCUGAUGGUGGUCAAGACUCUGGUACCUACUGUCUCAUCUUCUGCCCUGCAGGAUCCGGUCUUGCCUUUCCUUCUAUCGUUCAGCGAGGACAGUGUUCCGAAUAUCCGCUUUAACGUCGCUAAGGCGCUGCUCCAAGUUGCUCAGGCACUGGUGGCCAAAAACACCCCUAAUGCACAGUCAGUCAUCUCUGAAUCAAUUCUGCCUGUUCUUGAAAAGCACGCUGAGGAUGUUGAUGUUGAUGUUCGCUUUUAUGUCGCAGAAGCUCUCACGCAAAUUAACGAGCUGGUUGCAGGCGGCCAGGAGAUGCAGGCUUGA